UAAGAUGCCCAUUUGAUUUGAAUUUGAUAAUUUGAUUUUAUUUGUUCUGCGCAGUAGUUUAUUUCUCAAUUUAUUUCACUCGUAAUAUUUUCGUGGUUUUAUCUAAUCUACAUUCAAUAAAUUAUUUUUCAAAUUAGAAAAUAAUAUUUGGAAAAUGAGUUACAGAGAUACAUACUCGCUAUUUCCGAGAUCACAUUCAUACUGCGCAGCUAAUGAGCAGCGCGUAGGAUCCUACUUACGGACAUUAAUGAGUUUUGGGUCUUCGCCUUCGUCGGUGCUGAAUUCGUUGUCAUUUCGUACGCGACCCUUUCCUGAAGUCUCCUACAGCCCGACGCCUGAUGUUAACGAGGUCUACCCAGGCCUGUUUGUUGGAGAUGCAGUUGCCGCAAAAGACAAGUCAUUCCUGAGACGGAUGGGCAUCAACUACGUGCUUAACACAGCAGAGGGCAAGCGGUACACGCAAGUGGAUACUGACCACCUUUACUACCGCGACUGCCCUAGCAUUCGUUACAAAGGCUUUCAGCUUAUGGAUCUACCAACCACUGAUAUAUCAAAGUAUUUUCACAUUGCCGCCAAUUUCAUCGAUGAGGGUAUUUCUCAUGGAGGUCGGGUUCUGGUCCACUGCUUUAUGGGCGUUUCCCGGUCUGCUACAUGUGCCAUAGCCUUCUUAAUGAUUAAGCGCGGAAUGUCUCUGUCUGAGGCAAUGGCGCUGGUUCGUUCUCGCCGGGAUAUUCACCCCAAUGAAGGCUUCUUCCGACAACUCCAACAACUCGAUAGGGAACUUCGCGUCUCUCGUGUCCGCUGACCCAACACCCCAUUGCAGCCCUACUUCAAUUUCUCAUUCGAUUUCAAGUAUGGACGUCAUCGAGUACGUAGCCUCGAUCGCGAAUAUAGCCACCGUUAAUAGGUAGCUAGUACUAUAAAAAUGCGCUACUACCUCUCACUUAUGUUACGGCUCGAUGACAAAUAAAUACAAAGUAGGUUGCUGAUAAACAUGUCUUGCGGACAAUUUGUUCCUGCAUUUGUCCAAUAGUACCUGUAAUUGUAAAUUUUAUGAAUAUUUUUAGAUAUUUAUUUAACAAUUAUUAAUUUUAUGGUAAUCUAAAAAUGGCAGGUUACAAUUACAACUGUUUAAGUAUGUUAUCAAAAUGAGUGUGAUGGAUCUUUGCUCGCUAAUUUUUAGACGAGUUUCGAUAAUAAGCAAUUGUGAUUCUAAACAUGUACAGCAGCUAAUGUAAUAUUCUCGUGUGCCAUUUUGGUUUUUUAUUGUUGAAAAAUUAAAAUAUUUGUUAUUUUUGUAAAGAUAAUUUGGAUUCUUAGUGUUAUAGUUAAAAAAGUUACUAAGUCCAUUAUAUAAGAUGUUAUGGCUUCUAGUGAGUAAUCAAUAUCGUUUUAACUAUAGUACAAUUCUCUAGCCUUAUAGUCAUUUAAUGACUUGUAUCAUUUAAAGAAUAUAAUGCUAUAAUAUGCCCUUGAAUAUCAGGGAUGAUAUGUUUAGUAGUUUUAAGUUUUUCUUCAAGACUGGCAAUCAUGGCACUUGAGUGAUGGCUUAUCAAUAGAUGUAGUAAUACUGUAAGAAUACAUAACUCAUAAGUAUGUCAUUGCCCUGCAAGCGAGCAGGUGUCACGCGACGUGACCACACAUUGUUCAAGUCCUCGCGCUGUUUGCCAACAAAAUGUGACAUUUGGCUGCAUAUGUGUGUCACUGUUGAUGGUCUAUUUAAAAAAAAAUUAUAUAGACUUGUUGAAUGAUAUCAAUAAUCAAGGAUUGAACUAUCAAGAGAUAAAACAUGUAUUAUAUUUUAUUUGUAAAGGUGGAUUUAAACUAAAUGAUUAUAUAACACAGACCAAGAGUUAGAACUUUGAAUAUUGUUGCCUAUAGAAAUAACAACUUUAAAUAUAAAAUUAUCCAAAAACUAAAAUGUACUGGAAAGCUCUUAGCUAACUCGUAGCAUAUUUAGACUAAACAAAGAUUGGUUCUAAAAAGAAAAUUCACUUGUUAAGUUCAAAUCCACUUUUAAAAUUUUUUAAUCUACUUAUCCACGUCUUUGGAACAUGAUGGCUCAUUAUUUUAAAGAGCUAAUAAUGAAGAAUAAACCUUAUUUUUUUUUUGUGAAAUAGUAACUGGUUUUAGUAAAACUAGUCUCAGUUUGUAAGUGAAAUACUUAGAUAAUAAUAUGCACCAAAGAAAGCAAAGAUUGUGAUAUUGAAAGGAAAAUUAGAUGAACCUAAAAUUAUUUAUUAAAUAAUAGAACUAUAAUAAGUAUUUACCUAAACGUAUUAUAUUUUCAUUAAAUAAUAAACAUAUUAAUAAAAGUAAUAUCUUGAUGUGUGUUAAUAUUUUAAAAGCAGAAAAUAUAUUUUCGAGAAACAUUUUAAAUGAAGUAACAAAUAGGAACUUACUUACCAAUAAUCUACUUAAAACUAUCCUAGUUUUCAUUCGUCUUUUUUUUAUAUAUGGCGGCGCAUACAUUAUAGGUACUUUCAGUUCAGUUCACUUUAAUAGUCUAUUACAUCUGAAAAACAACUAUAGAAGAGUAUCUAUAAUGUGAUAGGCUGUGAACCCCAUUAUAUGAUCCAAUAUUUAUUGUUUUUAUUAGUUUUAUAAUAUUUAUUAAACUUAUUUUAGAAAUGUUACUUAUGCCAUGUUCAUAUAUUUAGUGAAACAUUUGCUAGAUAUAUGUCAAAUUUAAUUUGUAAUCUUCCUAAGUCUUAUUUAAAAUAACACCUCUAUUUAUAAUUUUAAAUUGCAGUUUUCAUUGAUUUUUUAAUUUUACCUAGUAUGAGUCGGAUGAAAUAUUUUGAAAUAUAAUUCAACAUGUGAAGGAAAUAAAUGGUAGUUCAUUUAAUUACAUGCAAAUAAAUAAUGUGUCUAUCUUAGGUAUAUAUUUAUAAAAUAUAUGUUUAUGUAUAUAUGUAUGAUGUCACCUGUGUGGAAUCCAUGUUCAUUCCUGUGGCAUUUGUUGGAAUUCCUAAUAGACGCUUAAGUCUUAAAAAGAACCUAAAUUUAAAUUUUCAAUAUAUUAACUCCAGUGGUUUAGGCUGUGCAUUGAUAGAUCAGUCAGUUAUGAUAUCUUUUUAUAAAUUUGAAAAUGAGCCCAAAUAAAUCUCUUUAAACUCAACAUGGGCUGAGGAUGCUUGGUGAUGAAAAUAAGAAAAGAAAGAAAAAGUACAAUGUGUACAUAAAGCAAAAAUGGCACUAUAGUUUUUUAACAUAAAGAGAAUAACCGCAAGUUAAUAACAGUAACUACAAUUAUAAUAUUUUUAAUAUUUUUUACCUAUAUUUUAUUAAAUAAAAAGAUUCGUUCCAGUAAUACUCUAUCUAUCCCCUCUCACCGUACUGGAUUCGCCUUAAAUUCUUUUCUCCUAAGUUCUUCACGACUCUGAAGCGCGCUUCCUGAUGCCAUUAAGAGACUACCGACUAAACCGUCUUUCAAAAAAAACUUUCACACUCACUUUUUUACUUUAUCCGAGCAGUAAAUACUUUUUAUUAUUCUUAAUUUCAUGUAUAAUAUAGUAUGUCAUAUAUGUGUAAGCAUAUUUGUUAUUUAUAUAUAUAUUUAUUCGUUUAUAUAUGUAUUUUAGUAUGUAUGUAUAUCAAUAAUUACUAGUACCGCAUUCGAGUAUUCUGACACUUCCUAUCCUAUGGUUGACUGGGAGAGAAUACUUUUAGCAUUAAGUCCGCCAUGUACACAUAUUUGUACUAAUGAAUAAAUAAAUUAAUUAAUGAGUUAAAGAAGUAUUGUAUAUUUUCAGUCUUUAAUAUUACUGUUCAUCUUAAUAUGAUUAUUCUGAUGUUUAAAUGGUAAAUUAUACAUAAUCUAUAUAAUAAUAAAUAAAUAUAUUUAUAUAGGAA